UAUCUAGAGCCCGGAUUGCAUCAAAAGUCCAAUCUUCACCCCCACCACCGGUCGUCAUGAGCAUGGUCUGUUUAACCUGUACCAUGCUAUGGAUGGAGCCUCACAUCUACAUAUCCUGGUAGUCAAAGAAUAUGAGAUGGCCGUGUAUAAAAAGUACUGGCCCAACCACAUCAUGCUGGUUCUGCCCACUGUCUUCAACGGAGCUGGAAUAGGUGCUGCUCACUUCCUGAUAAAAGAGCUUUCGUAUCACAACUUGGAGUUGGAGCGCAGUCGGCGUUUGGAGGGAGGGGGCCCAGCCGGCGACGUCUGGCCCUUCAUCAUCCUGACCGAUGACUCCUGCGUUAUGUGGAACGCAGUGGACCUCGACGUGCGCAAUGGAGCAGUGGAGCACGCUGUGUCACUGAAGCACAUCUUACAGCACAUGGAGGCCUGUCCGGACCUGCCACACUACGGACUGUGUGGGGUCAGGAAGUGGAGCAGCCGCGGACUCACAGAUAACAAAGUGAGGGAGCCCUUCUCAAGAGGUCACCUUCAUGACUUCCUUCUCCUCAAUGUCGACCGGAGCCAGAACGUCCAGUACGACCAGAACCGCUUCACCUGUCACGAUGUGGACUUCACGCUGAGGCUGCACAGCGCCGGCCUGCUCGUCUGCCGGUUCAACGCCUUCAGCGUCAUGAAGAAGCAGAUCGCCAUCGGAGGAUACAGAACGUUUAUUAUCAAGACCAAGACGACAGAUGUUCCCACCUCAGUCGGGCCCUCGCAGUACAUCUGUGCCCCAGACAGCAAGCACCUCUUCUUGGCCACACCUGCUCAGCUCCUCCUGGAGAAAUACCUUCAACACACCAGCCAGAAGCUGUUUCCACACAGCACAAAGAACUACACACACCCUGUGCUGUCUGUGGACUGCUAUCUCAACCUUGGACCUGAGGUGACGGUGUGUUUUGUGAGUUCCAGACCUCACUCUGUGAACAUCAGCUCCACAGGGCUGCUGUUCAGUGGCCUCCUGCUCUGUUUUGCUGACUCCUUUGUGACUGCUGGGUUCCUCAAGAAGUUCUCCUUUCUCAAAGGAGCGACCCUGUGUGUCAUCAGUGCAGACCGCAGCUCUUUGAGGCAGACGGUGGGCAGGCUGGAGCUGGAGGAGGAGUGGAGGUUCAGGCUCAGCGAUGAAUUUCAAACUGCCAACGCAAAGGAGGACCGUCCGCUCUUCUUCCUGACAGGAAAACAUAUAUGACUUCAACACGUGUUCACUGGGCUCCACAGACUCACUGUCAGGAUUGAAAUCACUUUAAUUGCCAAAAACAAGACAUGCACUAACAUACGUUCUGAAUGGACAAUACAAUGUUUUGGCCAAGGAAACGAGGAAAAUAUUUUUCAAAAUGUAUCUGUUGUGUGGUUUUAUUGACUCAUGAUUAUCCCAUGAGUUUACAAGAGACUGUUCAGUAAACGUUCAGGAUAUUUAAGGAAGCUUUUCCUAUUAUUGAUAUGGUUUUGUUGAAGUUAGUGUGGUUUAUUCAACACCCCAUUAAUCACUUUCAUUGUAACCUGAAAAGAUUCAUAUUUAUGAUCUACUAGAAUUUGAGUAAUUUGGUGAUACAAGGGUUAAAGAAACAAAUACUCUCAGUAAUUGCAGGUACUGCUUUUGUCUUUCUUUAUAUGUGUUUGCAGGUUUAUCUGCAUUGAAGUUUGUAUCGAGUUCUGCACACUUCUCUUGCACCUGCACACAAUAUGAGAAGUUUUGAGAAGGGUAGACACAAUCAUUUGUAUGUAAUGGUAGCCGAUUUUUGGCCACAAUGUUUUUUAUUGGCUCCUUUUUGUAGAGGUUUGUUUUGCAUGUAUGUUUUUUCAUAUGAAACAGUAUAUUUUGUCAGUUUGUAUUAUGUAAAAAAAAAAGUACUUAUUCACUGUGUGUACAAUAAGUAAGGUUUUGUUUGAAUGUAGAACUUUGGUUAUGCCUUUUUCUUCAUAGAUUGUAUAUUGAUGUAAUUGUAAUUGUUGAAGAAACAAAAACAAUGAACAGUUUUAUAUGCUUUUAAUUGUAUAAAUGUACAGAAUUUUAGAUAUCUUCCAUGUGUGUUUUUGUACGUUUUUAACAAAGAAUUAAACAGACCUUAACAAA